GUUUGAGCAGGGUCUGGUCGCAGUGUCGUGACUACCCUUUUACUAUUACUUUGUGCAUCAGCUCGUCCUGUCCAGCGUCGCAGCGCACAGGAGAGUCCGAAAGCCAUUCCAUUAGACCGGACUUGGCCCGUCACCGCUCGUGUCCGCGGGCUCAGAAGCUUCGGACGAUUUUGUGCCAAUAGAUUAGCUAUAACGGCAGCUACUCAGCGAGAACUCCGGCGCAGAUGGCAGGAGCAGUGGACGCGGUUGACCUCGCGGCCGAGGAGACGCCCCCGCCUCGCAAGCGCCUGCGAGCUGAGCAGCCACCUCCUAAGGAGGUGUUGAGCCUGGUUGACAGCGACGAUGACUUGGGGUCUCCUAAAAUGGCCGCGCGAGACGCGGAAGUGGCAAGAGUGCCGGAGCGCUACGCUGCUGGUCGCCUGUGGGGCGCUCUGGGAGCCGGGGCGGGAGGCGCGGCACCAGGGCCAGGUGCAGCAGCAGGGGCGGCUGCCGCGGCAGCCGCACAAGCAGACGGGCUGGGCGGCCUUGCACGACCGCUGUAUCGGCCUCCAUCAGCACGGUUCCGGCGCGCUGGCGGGACUGCUGCCGCUCGCUUGGCUGGCGGAGGACAGCAAGGAGACCAGUCGGCGGCGUCGGGCCCGUCCGUGAUAGACGUGGCCGAUGACGACGACAGUAACGACCAGCAAGCUUUGGAGAUGGAGGCUAGGCCACAAGCGGCUCUCCUCGGUCGUUCAGGCCCGAUCAUGCACCACGAACUGCUGCGGCGUCAUCCUGGUGUGGCAACCAACGACGCAGCUGGUGGCGAUGAGGCGGAUUCAGGGCCGGCACCUGCGGGCGGCGGCAGUCCCCAGCAGGAGCAGCAGCAACACCCUAAUGCGCGGCUCCGACAGCGGCUGGUGCUGCCUAGGCCGCGCGAGGCACGGGGCGCGCCGGGUCUGGACGCCGGCGGCGUGCUGGUUGCUGGAGCUGCCGGGGCGGGUACGGGAGGCGGCGGAGGCGCAGGCGGCGAUGGGGUUGCUUCUGCUGUGGCGGCAGCGGCGGCGGCAGGGCAGCCGACGUGGCGCAUGCGGUUCCAUACCCUGGACCUGGGUGCGGAUGACGCAGAUGGCCGGCAACAGCGCCCUCGGCGCACGGCGCUCCUCUCGGGUGGCAUUGGAGCAGCAGGCGGUGGCGGUGCGGCAGCAGCAGCAGCUGUUGUUGAUGCUGCUGUGGGUGCGGGUCAGGAGGUCGGGGACGAUAGUGACGUGCCACUGCGUGAGCGCCUAGCACUGCGUCAGGCGGCGGCGAUGCGGAACAGCGUGCAGCAAGCAGCAGCACAGCCGCAUGGUGGUGGCGCAGGCGGCGAGGGCGCGUCAAGGCCUAACGAACACAUGUCCGCCUGGGCCAGGCUGGCUCAGCGCCGCCUGCCGGAGCAGUACGUCGGCGCAAGGGCCAGGUGGGCUGCGGCUGCGGCCGAGCGCGCCGGCGCCGCAGUGGCGGGAGGUAGCGGAGCCGCAGGUAGCAGGAGCGUGGCGGCGGCCGGGGCGGCAGGCGACCAGGAGGAGGAGGACAUGCGGAUGGCGGCGCGGCUGCAGGCAGAGGAGGACGAGAGGCUGGCGCGGGAGACGGCGCGGCGCAUGGAGCAGGAGGAGCACCGGCGCAUGAUGGCACUGGCUGCGGCGCCGGAGCGUGGGCCAGCCCAGGGCCGGGGACGCCCCACCGCGCGUGGCCGCGCCGACGGCUAUUCACCUGCUGCCGCCGCGGGUGCACGGGCCGAGGCCGCCAUGCUCCGGAGCCAGCUUGAAUCAUGGCAGUCUGUGCGAACCCUCCAGCAUGCCGACACUGCGCCGCCGUACCAGCAUACUCCCUACGGAGCUCCAGCAGUACCAGCAACAGCGGGUGCGCCGGCACCGCCUCUCUUCGCUGCGCCGGCGGCUGGCCCCGGUGCACGGAGCCGCUUGGACAUGUAUGAGGCCCUGGAGGAGCACUCGCAGGCGGCGGCGCGGCGCGGCCGGGCACACGCGGCCGUGGCGACGCUGGUGGAGGAGCGGGAGCGUGCAGCAGCUGCGGCCGCUCGCGCGGCUGCGGCUGCUGGCCCGGCUGGUGGCGGUGGUGGCGGUGGGCAUUCCAACGCGGACCGUCAGCGGCGUGAGCAGGAAACGUACGGCAGGGGGGCGAGGGCACGUGCGGCACGAAACGGCGGCAGCGAGACGGGCGACAGUGGCGCCCCAGGCGACGCUGGUGGCGGUGCUGGUGCGGGCCCGAUGGGCUUGGCCAUGCCGGCUGGCUUUCCGGGCUUAUUCAUGCUGGGCAUGCCCGGGGUCGCAGCGGGCCGAGGGGCAGGUGGUGGCGGCGGCGGGGGUGGCGGCGUGGUGGCGGGCGCACCGCGGUGGAGUUCACGUGCUCUUCACGACAUUCUGCCCAUGAUGGCGAUGGGGCUGCACCGCGGCUUUAUGGGCAUGGGGCCAGCGGAGGACGACGACGAUGACGGCGACGGGCCAGGUGUCAACCCGCUCCAGCCGCCGCAUCCAGGUCACCCGGGCGCUUACCGGCGUGGCCGCCACGCCGCUUACCGCGAGCAGGCCCGGGCGAUGCGUGAGCAGAUGGUGGCAGCACAGCGCGCCGGCAUCCCCGCACACCUGCUUCUCGGCGACCGCGACUUCACUCCCGAGGACUACGAGAUGCUGUGCCGCCUGGACGAGCGUGUGGAGAACCGCAAGGGCGCCAAGGAAGAACAGCUGGCGGCUCUGCCAACCGAAGUGCUUACCGCCGACAACCCCCGUCGCCGCAGCGACGGCGCACCCGCCACAUGCGCAGUCUGCAUGGAGGACCUGGUGGCGGGCGAGACCGUGAAGCGUAUCCCAUGCGCGCACGAGUUCCACGAAAACUGCAUCGACCAGUGGCUUCGGACCAAGGCCAACUGCCCCAUCUGCCAGCGUGGGCUGGAUGACUAGCCGCUGGGAGAGCGCGGCGCAUGAGACCACGCCAUCCGUGGUCCUUUGGCGUUUACUGCUGUACUAUAGCGCAGGUGGGGCGUUGAAGUUAUGGGUUAGCUUAUUGGUGGGCAUGUGCAGGUUCACUUGCCCCUGCACAAAACGUUAGCAGGCAGAAAGGACAGUGUGUCAGGAACAGAGAUUAGGCAUGCAGGCUUGAACGGGGCGUGUAGACAGAUAGGCCGCAUUGCAGGAGUUCUUGCGUUGUUUCAAAGGACCGCGGCAAAAGCAAACAAACACCCAGUGUCGGGCCGUAGGCGGACGGAUUGAAAGCAAAGUUGUUGUCUUCGGGGACGUCAUUUAGUGUCAUUGCGCCGACCUGCUGCUGAGGAUAUGGCCUCGCAGGCACGAUGGGCGAUUGCGGGCUAGGGUGCAGGCAGAUAACAUACUGAGGCGGGACACGCUGUGGGCGGCGUGGGUUUGACGUGGAGCAACCGAAUGUCGGAGACACCAGGAGUGCUGAAGGUGUAAUUGUCUAUGGGCAUCUGAUCAGGGGGGUAGAAACCUCAGGACCUAAUCCCAUGCUCAUUUUAUAGACCUUUAGGAGAGCAUUCCGGACGCACUUUCAGUUUUGUCAAGGGGGGUCUGGUGAGGGCCGCCGAAGUUGGGGUCCGUCGCCGGGUUUCGGGCCAUUAUGUCGAGUUUCACGGAGCGGAAGUACGGGGCAAACGUAGCACCAUGAGGCUCAGAUAUGAACGGUAUGCCGUAAUAAGCACAGACAAAGCGUGCAAGGGCCAAUCUGCGCGUCAUGGCGUGGAUAUGUCGGGGCAUGUCCCGAUGUUGGACACAUGGGCACUGAUAUGGCGGGGCUCUCAAGCGCUAUUGCGCAUGUAUUCCUGCUUGACAAGGCUCCCGAUGCACGCUUUCCAUACAUCAUGUGGCAGAGAGCUGAGCGGGGGGUGGGGCUGGGUUGAGGGGAUUUCGCUGGAUAGGGUCCCGCGUGUGACCGAAGUACUGCUGGGGCAGGACUGCCGAUAACAGACAGCGUAAUGGCAUCACGAUGAAUCUGUUGGCAUCACUUUGGUAUUGAAUGUAGGGGCUGACGCCCUAAGCAGCGAGCUUUAUCCAUGGGGGGGGGGGCGGUCGUCCUCCUAGAGGGGGCCCGGGGGACUUCGGGGCAUGGGUUCUGGCAUUUUCUUUCCUACCAAGGCUGCGUGUAAGCCCUGAGCGACUGAGCAUCGUAUGAUGGUUUCCGCGCCAGGCAAUAAUGGCAUAUAGCCUGUUGUGUAAGUGUCGGCGCGU